CUUGAUUUAAAUCACAACAGAAGUAGUGAGAAGUAGCUGAGCGAGUGUUGAUAGCAAACCAUUUGGGAUGAUCACGAUGAUAUGCAGAACGUUUUUCUUCAUUCUUACAUACAACCUGUGUGUAAGCGCUGACCAUGAUGCAGUGGCGACUAAACCAGACAUAGAUAAACUUUUAAGGGAAGGAGACUUAGCCACAAAUUUUUACGGAAAAGAUGAAUUUUUGGUUUUGGUUGGUGGAACGGGAACAGGAAAGAGCACGUUGUCGAAAUUUCUGCGCAAAGAUCCUUCCUUACGUAUCAUUGAAAACGAUCAGAAUGACUUUAUUUUUACUGAUAAUGACAAUUAUGUAGGUACUAAGGAUAUUUUAAAUUCAAAAACAUUAUUCCCAAAUAUUGAUGAGGAUCCAAAGACUGGUUUGUUGUUUGUCGAUAUGGCAGGGUUUCAGGACACUCGAUCUGCAGAAUUUGAUUUGGUCACUGGGUUUUUGAACAAAAAAGUGCUUGAUUCGGCCAAGAAAUUGAAGUUCUUGCUCGUUGAGAACUAUGUGAACACGCAGCUUCAUAACAAUAGAGCCGCAUUUGUGACACAAUUGAAAAAUUUUGCGCACUUGAUUAAAGGAAAUUUGGACUCUUUUACUGGAUCUAUCGGCAUGGUGCUUACAAAGAUUGACUCGCGAAAAAAUGACGCAGUUCUAGUACGGUCUGCUAAAAUAUUUCUUCAGAAGGUUGAAGAACAAUUGAAAAACGCAACAGCGGCCUCUGAACACGAAGAUCAAAUAAAAAUUUUGAAUUCGAUUCUUGCUGGUGAAAAAAUAGGACUUUUCCGGCGCCCCAAUGGAAUUGGUGACCCUUGGGAGCAAAUUGACCUAAAAGAAAAUUACGAUCAAUUGCGGCACAUAAUUUCUGAGGAGCUCAGGUUCUCAUCAAGUCUUGUUAAUACCGAGUUUAAAGUUACUGUGGCUCCGGCGACCAUCAAUUACAUGCGUAAAGACCUUCUUGGUCCUGGGCUGGAGAAGAUAAAAAUAGCCUUUGAUAAUAUCUACAAAAGCAUGAUUCAAGGUUUCUACAACAAGUUGCGGGUGCCAAUUAGAUCAACCAGCAAGAAAAUUGAAGAUUCUCUGAUAUUUUGCGACAACACUUUGCAAUUCCUUGAGGACGCACAGCGAGUUGAUGAGUACGAAACGUUGCUCAACGCACUGACAGGAACUGAAAGAGAAUUUUCUGUGGAUCUGGAAUUUCAAAUUAAGAAAAUAAAAUUUUUGUACUCGGUUGAUGAAGAUUUUUGGGCGGCAGAAAAACUGAAAUUUGACGUGAAGAAUAUUUUUGGUUGGAAACACCAAAUUAUAUCUCAGAUCAAACUCAUUGACAGAUUCCAAAUGUUUCUAAAGAGCUUAAUCAAAGAUUUUGACACUUAUGAGGUCCAAAAUUCAGACAUGAGCAUGAUAACAAUAAGGACGAAUCAAAAUUUCCAGAAUUUUUUAGCUCUUAUGCCGUCAAUUGGAUUUACUCAAGAAACUGUAUCUCUUUCAUUAGGAUUAACAGUGGAAAUGCCAGAAAUUGCAGAAGUAGUAAAAAUUAUUCGACACUAUAAACCAGCUCAAGUUAAAUUGCAUCUGGAUACAACAAACUCAGUAGCCACAUUUAUUGGUCGGUAUAUUUUGUUGGAUAAAGUGGUUAAAAACAUCCACACAUUAAAAAGCAGUUUUAAAUCAAUAGUGAUCGUGGCCACAAACAAGAUUUUCGUGGACACCAAUCUCAGCUUAAAUGACACAAAUUUAGCUCUGAUAGCUCCUAUAAUCGAAAUUAUAGGGUCAAGAUAUCUCGUUCUUGCUGGCAGCUCUGGUUCAUCUUUUGAGAACAGUGCAACAAAAGGAAGAAGGUCUGGGGAUGCUGGAGAUUCAGGAGAAGAUGGUGGGCAUGGAAAAUUUCCUGGUAAAUUACAAAUUCUCGCGUUGGAGGUAAAAAACGAACAACUCUUAAACAUCCAUAUCGUUGGGGGCGACGGAGGAAACGGCCAGAGAGGAGGAGAUGGAUAUGAUGCACCUCAAGUAUCGUUGCCAAGUGGUUUGUUAGACAAUUAUGAGGGAUCAGAAGAAGAUCUUCAUAAAAAAGCUAUCGAUGCAGGCUAUAUAUAUUGCCCAAAAGAUAUUGCCGAGAAAGAAAUUAUCGUGCCCACCAUCAUAUACAAUCAUUUUGAAUAUUAUCUCAUGAGAGAAAUUACUUUUAUAAAGCGUACAAACGAAAGCGCAGGAAAUGGAAGUAAAGGUGGCGAUGCAGGUUGGGGAGCCAAACACAUCAAACCCGAGAUUUUACUUAAAAAUCGAGAGUCAAUCAAUGGAGCGAAUAUUGUGUUACGAGAUGGGAAACCAGGCUCUCCAGGCGCCGGUGGAUUAGCGGGUUCAAUACUCAAUACGUGCAGCUACAGAAACUAUACUUGCAAAUCAUAUAAAACCAGCAAGUGGAUUGCAUUUAUUCCCGUCCAUAUUAAAGGUGGAAACCCUUUUUCUCCUCGUGAUUUGUAUUAUAGUUGUCCAACAAGUGACAGUGAUGGACACUGUCCAACUGAAUUGCGCAAAGUUUAUAACGGUAGAAAUGGAAGAACAGGUGAACUUUUCAUCGUUCCAGAAAGUACCGCUCUAAAUUUAUACCAACUUGCAUUGAAGUUAGUUGAGACUUCAAUUGAUUUGAGCGACGGCUCCAUGGACUCGAACUUAAAAGAACUAAUUCGCAUGACAUUUUCUUCGUCGUCAAUAUUGGACACAAUGCAAGAAAUUGACUUCAUCUACUUCCUCGAAACAAUAAACCAUAGUUUUGCAAACGUCGUAUUAAGCUCAGAUAAUUUACAUUUUAUUUUCACUCAAAUGCACGCUUUGUUUAAGUCGUUUGAGAAAAAUUGUACUGAAUGCAACAGUUUAAACUUGAAGCUCAUCGACAUCCGUUUUAUAAAUUUUUUCCAAAAUCUCCACAUGUUUUCAAAAAACAAGCAAAUUAUACGCCUAAAUUCAGUGAUCAACGCGGCGUUGAAGAAGAUCGAGGAAAUAAAUGGUGUUAACAGGAACCUGCAGCACACGGAACUCGUUGACAAUGCAAAGCAAAUAGCCCAGAUGGAAAUCACUGACGCAACGUUUUUGAUCAAGGAAACUUUUGAUCACAAGGUAGUAGAGGCGAAUAAAAAAGCUGCGAUCAGCUUGAAAAAUCUGAUGCAAAUUUCUGAUCAUUUACGGCAAAAUUACACUUCAAAUAUUUUUGGAUUAGAGGAAUAUCGGCAGAAAAUAAAGUCAGCUUUGAAAAUAAAGGCUAUAUUAAGGGUCAUCAAUGUGGCUGUAGAUACAGGAAAAGCCAUAUUUAGUGUAUUUAAUGUCUUGUCCCCUUCAGCACUAACAACAAGUGUAAUAAAAAGUGCUGUAGAAAAGGGGCCAAUUAAAUCUGCUCUUAAAAUCAUCUCAAAUUUUCGAAACAAAAAACAGGCAUCAAAAGAUGCUGCUUAUGAUACUGCUUCGGAGUUGAUUGACGCAGAUAAUAAAUUUGGAGGUAUAAUAAAUAGCAGGCAAGAAAGAGUACAAUUGCACCAAUUAGUAGCACAUAAAAAAUACAACAAAGCCAGCACAAACGCGCAAAAACUGAUCGAAGCCGUUCCCGCAUUGUUCAAAACAAUAAGCGCUUCUUUGGGUAUGAAAAUAAAAAAUUUAAGAGCACAAAGAAAAGGUAAUAAACGCAAUAAGUUGUCGGAGAUUGGAACUCUUCAGGAAUUAAGUGAACGAGUGCUUGAAGCGACUGGAAUGAAAAAUUUUAAGGGAAUAGCUGAUGAAAUCCGAGAGUAUUUAAGUGACGAAAUUGAUCUUGAAGAGGUGGACACGGCAAUUGAAAACAAUAAGUUGGCUUUGAAGAGAAUCGGUCAAUAUGAGACACAGAUUGAGUAUGAGUUGCAGCCAUUGCUCGACGGUUUGUUUGAAAUUUUUGAAAAUAUAAAAUCAACGAGUUUACCCCAGGACAAGCCUAAUAAUUAUAUACGAGCGUUACACAAUUUGGACAUUAAGAAGUAUAUCCGAACUUUUGUCUCAAUAAUAAGCAAGUUUUCUGCCGAGUUCAAUGGCGUGACAGAAGAUUUACGAGAAAUUUUGGUCGAUUUAGAAGAUUUGAUGACAAUAUUGAUUAACACCUAUGACAAGGUAGAUGAGGCCAAUCGCCACAUUGAGCUCAAGGAGUUUUUUGGAAAGAUUCAGAGUGAGAAUUGCGAUAAAUUCUGCCAAUUAUAUAAAAAAGUUGCAAAUUCUAUUGAAAGUCAUGAAAUUUUCCGGCAAUUUGUGUACAUAUUUAUCGCCUACCAGCAAAGUCUAUUUCCAUAUGGCGGAGAAAAGAUAAGAAUUUUCCGUUCCUUAUCAUCAGAACUUGCAAGAGUUGAAGAUUAUUCAAUGACGGUGCGAAUUGUGAAAGCAGCACUUACGUAUAUGAACGACGAUUUGGCUACGAUGAGCGGAACCAUUUUAAAUGAUAAGGACAAAAGCAUUUCUUCAAUGUAUUUCAGCUCUGGGUACCGAACAAGCAAACCUUUUUACACUUGGCCCAGUUCAAAAUUCUCCAACGAGAUCAAGCGCCUUCUCAAAGGUGAAAAAGUUACUUUUGUUGCGUCCGUCUUAACUCCCGGGGUGAAAAACGCGGUUAAAUUUAACACGGCGAUGAUUAAUUUCACCUCCGCUGACCCACAAGUAUCAAAGAGGGUGCAAGAAAUUUUACUGCAUUUCACUGUGGAAAUGAGUUAUGGAGGCGAAAGCCACUACCGCUGCGGAUCAAAAUACUACGCCAUCAGCGGAGACCCACUUGAUUUCAAGUUUAGCUACGAGCGCGACCAAAGUGGCAAAAUGAUAACUAAGAAUUCCGUCUUUGAAAAACUGAAAUACUCGGACGUGCCCCUCAGUCCUUACACAGUGUGGAAAUUCAAACUGGUACUCGGCUCGGAUCCCAAAUAUUACGAUUUGCACAAAGAACUUGUUCAGUUUGCGGAUAAAGUUGAUUUAGAAUUAGUUGGAAAUGGAUUUUUUGUUGAGGAAAAUGCACAAAUUUGCUCCCAAGAUUUGGGGCAGUUCUACAAUUAUUUUGGCAACACUUUAUAAGCAUAUGAAAAUCAAUAUUCACAGCAAUUAUUAGUAUAUAAUUGUAUAAGAAUUUUUGACCAUUUUCUAGACAAAUUGUGAUUUGGUUCUUUUCGUUAAAAAUAAAAAUUAUUUGUUGACCAUUUGCAAUUAAUUAUUUUUAGCAAAUUGUAUGUCUCACCUUUCCAUUGAAAAUUAAUAAUUUUCGCUAGAGUUGUAAAAAAUUAAAUUCGAUUUUUAACGUUAGGGAUGAAUA